CUCAGGCAGGGGGCCGAUGCUGCUCGAGCGGAUGACACCUCGAAGCUCAAGAGCCUCGUCGCUGAUUGGAUCAAUCGUGAAUUGAAGCCCGACCCUCCGGUCAAUUCCGAGGAUAAAUAUUACCGUGGAUUCAUCAAUGACGCGUGCGGUAAACUACUCUGCCCGACUGAGCUAGAUUGGAAUAGCCCAACUGUCAGAGCAGGAAUUAGAGAUCGCGCAGACGGUUAUAUCGUGACGGAAAUGUCCUGGCCAGCAUUCACGUAUGAAAAAUACGCGGCAGAUCUGGACGAUCUGGAGAAGGGUCUCUUCAAGAGCACUCUUUUACUUCAGGCCUUCAAAGCUAUAUUCACGUCACCCUCCUCCGCAAGGGAGGUUGCCGGUGAUGGCGACGCCGCCAAUGUGAUUGAAGCCAACCGACGCGCUAAGCAGGACCACCCUGGAAAGAAAGUCAAGACACACGUGGCGCAAAUCAUCAAGAUGCACACAGUCACACCACGCUCGAUCGCUUAUGUAUCAUGUCAGUUGCGGUUUGCUCUGUCUUCUGUGACCUCAUGGCGCUCGGUUGACGGCGACUUUGACUACAUACUAUUU